CGGGGAACUAGCCUUCUCGAAUACUCAGCGUGUCCGGUUAUCCACGAUAUUUAAGGCGUUCUGAAACCUAGUCCGUUCAUUAGUCUCACUCGCAGGCUUUCCAACAUUGCAAGUCAUGUCCUCCCAAACCACCAGAACAUCUAAUGCGGCCCGCGCUGUAGACUCUAUUCCACAGCCAUGGGCUGUCCUCAUUGGCGUAGAUAAGUACCGCUACGCGCCUUGGUUGAGCCGCGCCGUCACGGACGCACGCAACAUCGAGACCUACCUCCUCCGUGACUUGCAUGUCCCUUCAGAGCAAAUCGUCCUACUUCUUGACGAGGACGCCACCCGCGCCCGCAUCCUCGAUGCGCUCUACACGCACCUCCGUGACAAUGACAACAUCAAACCAGGCGAUCCCAUUUAUCUCUUCUUCGCAGGCCGUGGCGUGCGCUACCCCGUCACCGACGGUAAACCGGUCAACGCCAUCCUUCCCGUCGACCGCGGCGAGGAGGUGACCUUGGAAGACGGGAGCACUGGAAGCGUCCUGGACAUCAGCGAGCGAGAGCUGGAGCACUUCUUCGACGAGUUGAACGCAUCCAAGGGCCCGAACAACACGGUCAUGUUCGACUGCUCGUUCUUCAUAGACGACAAUCCCCCGCCCAGGACGCGCUCCGCGCGCCCGCUGCAGGGCGUCGCGGCGCAGGAUCUGAUCAAGGCUGCCGAGCAGGAACCGCGGAGGAGGCCCGUAGCUGGGAGUUCUGCGCUCUCAUCAGGGUCGUUCUACGACCAGUCGGGCUCGCGCGUAUUCAUGAUAGGAUGUCAGCCCGACCAAUAUGCCUAUGAAACUUAAAAAGAAAAGCACAUGGUUCGCAAUCUUGCUUCACCUGGUUCAUCGUUAGGGCUCAUCUGAGCUCCAGAAUUGCGAUAGCGCCAGCAUCCAUGCACGAUUGAUGAUGAAAAGCCUGAUUCGGGAGCAUUGAUUCCAUCAUCUGCAUCUUCAUGAUUGCAUCAUCGCCCUCCUUCAUUCCACAACAGAAUAGAGAUUUGU